AUGGUAACCCACUCUGAGAGGCGGCCAGGGGUGCCACAGGGAAGAGAGAUGCCAGCCGGCGCCCAGGGACACCCAAGCGGGCGACCUGCGCGGGGUGGACGCGGAGGGCGCGGGCGAGGAGCGGCGAGACGCGGGAACCACGCGAGAACGCUGUGCCCACCAGGGACGGAGGAGGGCGGUGCACGCGGCCAGCGCCGGCAGCUGCCGGAAGCCUCGGAAGAGGAAGCCCGGAGAGUGUCCUGGGGUCGCAGAGCACCUCCGGGAGCCCGAUCUACGGAGUGGGCGGCCCAGGGGACAGGCCUGCAGCGGGCCGAGGCCGCGGGAGGCGAGAGCGGGCGGCCGGGCGCUGGGGCAGCGGCGGGAGGCCGUGGCGUCAAGGGCGAGCGAGAGGCAAGUGUUUCCACGCAGCCGAAGAGGCCGCGUCACCGAGAGGUCGAGGCAGCAGCCGCGGAGGCAGGGCCGACCCGGAGGCAGGGCCGACCCCCAGGAGGAGGCAUCGCGACCGCGGGCGCCUUGUGCGGGCCGCUCCGCGCCUGCGCGGCCAGCGAGACGUCGUCUGUCCUGGAGGUGACGGCCGGAGGCGUCCCCGAGACGUCAGGUGGCGUCCAGCGACAGGCUCCUUCCGGAACGACGGCAGGCUACUGUCGCACGGAGUCUUCCGCUCACGGGUUUUCCACGAAACCUGCGGUUCGCCUCCGCCCGGGAGGAGCCCGGAGCCUGCGCCGGUGCCGAAGGGCGCCCCCCGGGGGCCACGUCGCGGCCCGGCCCUCCCUGUGCGCCGCGCAGCCGAGCGGGCCACCUCCCCCCGGGGCGCGGGAACCGGGUUCGCCCCUCGCCUUCCCGAGGUGUCGGCGGCGCCUGGCGGUCCGCCCUCACGCUGAGACAUCCUCUCCCCCGCCCUUCCGCCCAGGGCGCCCCGACCCCGGACCUCGUCCCCUCUGCGCCGCCGCCCCCCGCACCCCCGGGGCUGGCGCCGAGUCCCGCGUUGGAGUCGUCGUCGUCGUCGUCGUCGUCGUCACCGUCGUCACUCGGGCCUAA